AUGCCAUCAUCAUGCAAGCGUGAGCAACCAGUGUCCGGCGGCGGCGUUGACUCCAAAAUGCAACCUGUAAGGACUACACCGCCUGCCAAGGCGAUCAAGACCGAGCGAACACAUGAAGAGAACCAAGAAAGAGCAUAUAUCGCUGCAUCCAGGCGGAGCGACCGAAGUCUUGAGGCGAGGGUCGAGUCGGCACGGCGAGCUUCGGAGAUUCACAAGCGCAGAACUGGUCGGUCACUGCGUGUCACCGAGCAGGAUGUCAUCAACGAGGAAAUGUACGAAGAGGAGGACGAUGACUUACCCCUGCAGUACCGUCGGCUCACUGCACAUCUACAGACGGGAUCGGCCGACUUCAAUCGCAGGCUGGCGGCCUACCUCACGAAUCAGUUGGCAAUGCGAAGCGCAAUGCAGCAGAUGGUCCAGAACUCGUACGCCCAAGCCUAUUCCGGCCAGUUCACGCAGCAGCAGCAACAGCACCAAAACAUGUUUCCAUCACCUAUGCUUCCGCCACAAAACAUGGGCCAAUCUCCGCAGUCCUUGUAUAGAACCUCACCGUAUCCAAAUCCACAUCAUCCCAGCUUCCGCACAAACCAGGGCCGAGCACUCUCCAUGGCCUCAGGUACAACCCAGCAACAUUCAGGCUCAACGUCUCCGAACACCAGCACCACCACGGCGCAACAGCCUCCGGAUACGCUCAGCCAGCGCCGCAUGUCUACGCCGGCCACAAUCAACCCGGGCGAGGUCCAGUCUGAGUCGAAUUAUAUGCAUCAACCUCAGCAGUCCGCUGGAUUCCAGCCCUACUCCAGUCCGAAUGUCUUCCCUCCUCUGUGGCAGGACAUGGGUCCCCUAACGACCUCGCUUCCGCCCGAGUCUCAACAGAUGCUUGCCAACGCACCCGGGUUCGACCCUACAGAUCCUAGCUACUCGAUGCUUAUGCAAGGGAGCGACCAGUAUAUUUCGACGCCCUAUUACCCGUGGCACGACGGUGUACAUGGUGUUGACGGCGGGAUCAAAGGCAUGCCGGUACAUCCGUUAAACUACCCGAGCAUGUCCGUCACCGUGGCUCCUUCGGCACUAGAGCAGAACAACUUCCUUUCUGCUGCCAACAGGAACAAAGACCAACCCAGCAGCAACAAUAGCACAGACGCGACGCCCCAACGGCCGGUGAACCAGCCUCCCACACCAGGUGCAGCUUCUGCCGCUGCUGCCGCGCACGACUUCAGUUUUGGCCAAGACAGCAAAGGAUUUGCAUUUGGGUCUGGUGGCUCAGGUCAGGACACGCCAGCAGGUGAAGGAUUCUGGGACCACUUUGUCAUGGACGAGUCCUGGGACGAUGGGAGCAGCGCUGCCGACAUGCAGAGCAGUGGACUCGUCGCGAAUCCGUCUCCCCAAGGCGUCGAACCGACAGGGUGA